AUGGCAAUUCUUCUUUCAUUUCACCGCCUCCUAGUUCUGGCUAUCUUAAUGGUUUUGUUGAUUUCUGCUCAAUCAUUUUCAGAUUAUGACCCUCCAGAAGAACAUGAGGAGGUCAAAAGCAUUUGCAACUUUAAACGCCUCGCAGAAGUUGAAAGAGAGUGCAAGCCUAUUUUGUCUGUGUCAUCUAAAAUGAAGCUUGGAAAUGAUAAAAUAUAUGGUAUUUCUAAAGACCUCUCUUUUCAGAAUGGAGACUGGGUGCAAGAAGCUGGUAGUGUGCCACUGAUGCCAUUUGAUGAGCGUGAUAUGCCAAAGAACUUCUCUGGUUCCACUCUGAAACUAGCUUCAUUCUGGUUAAUGGGCAUGGAUUUUGACCGGCAAGCAGAUGAUGUACUGGGUAUUUGUGGAAUCUUAUCCAUGGCAAUUACGCGGAACAGGACUCUUUCGGACAUUCCACAAAGAUGGUCUCCUUGGUUCCAUACAAGCCCUGGCUAUUCUGAUUCGACAAUCAUUUUUGAAGGACUCUACGUUGAGGUAGCCAAAGGAGGAGACCGCCUGAUGUGUCUAGUAGGGACUUCAGUGUCUCCAUUUUCAGAAAGUUCGGUAGAUCCCUAUGAAUUGUCCUCGAAAUACAGCUGCAAGAAAAGUUUUGAGCAUUCUUUCAUGAAGGAUGAUCGGAUAAUGCUUGUUCUUCGAUACCCUCAGAUCUUCAGUUUGACUAGCAGAGCGAUUCUUGGUGAGAUGAGAAGUCUAAAUAAGAAGUCAGAUCCUAAAUAUUUCGACAAGGUCCAAAUUUCUUCACAGCUGAGCUAUGACUUGAAGUAUCAUUUUGUAUCUGAGCAACUUGCAUCUAGAGCUUGCAAUCCAUAUUCAUGUCAUGAACUUCCUGACAACUACAGAAUCCGAGUCCACAAAGCAUCAGAUUUUUGUAAAGUUCUUAAAAAAUUUGGUUCUGAAACAUUUGACAUUGACUCGAAUCUAGGACCAUUUGUCCGUGACUGGGAGACUGAAGGCAAGAAAAUGUCCAAGAAGUUUAAACUCUUAAUUACAGAUUUGCAUUGCUUACCAGAAACCAAUUCCCCUAAGACUGCACAAAUUUCUGCUGUUUUCAGAGCGCUCUCUCCUUCAGAAGAUCGCUUGUAUUCAGGAGCAAGAACCGGUCUUUCUGGAAUGACGAUUUCUGCUGAAGGAACAUGGAGUUCUUCCACUGGUCAACUCUGCAUGGUUGGUUGCAUUGAACUAGAGAAUGACGCUAAUGGAUGUGAUUCGCGAAUAUGCUUGUACUUACCAGGCACAUUUUCAAUCACUCAACGAAAUAUUCUCACUGGAACCAUCUCUAGCAUAAAAGAAACCUAUGUUCCUUUACGGUUUAAAAAGGAACUCCGUCCUCUGGACAUCUGGAACAGGUAUCACGAGUACAGUAAAUCCUACUUAUCUUACAGGUUUACAAAAAUUGAGGUGGUAAGUACCUUUAUCCAGAAAGACAACAGUUACAAUAUGGGGAUUAGGAAAAUAAUCCACAGAUUUGCAGGCAUUGAAGACGACAGAAACUUAACACUCCUCUCUUCUUUAUCUGGUGAGCUUUCUUUCCAGGUUAAAGCUCUUCCACAUGCGAUGUGGAACAAAACUAUUUCCAAAACGUUUAUUACACUCGAGGUCCUCUCAUUAGGUCAUUUGUUCGGACGUCAUUGGCCAUUUCUAAGGGAGCAUAGUUGCCGAGAAGAAAGUAAAGUUCCAUCUUUUCUUGCUUCUGAUAAUCAAGAGAUACUUUUGAAUGUCUCAGCACAACUAACUCUUACAGAGAAGAACAGAGAGCGGCAAUAUCCGAGCAAGGACUCGCGAUUGCCGGGUUGCAAAGCGGAAAAGAGGGAACAGAGCCGGAGAGGACAAAGGGUGUUGCCGAAACCAGAAGGGAUGAGGCACGAGUGGUAG